AUCUUGAUACUUUAUACAGUGACAUUUCUAAGAUCGCCGCGGUGCAAGAAUGUUCAAAAAUGUGUUGUACCUGAUGCUUUGUGGAGUGGCGGCGGCGCAGAAUGGAUUGUUUGAGCUCAACAUCAUUCACUUUAACGACUUUCAUGCGCAUUUUGACGAAAUCAGCCCACAAGGAACAGUAUGCAAUCCGAACGAAGCCGCAUGCAUAGGCGGGUUCGCGCGCUUGUACACGGCGAUUAAGGACCUAAGAGAAGCCGAGCCAGACUCCCUGCUCCUUAAUGGCGGAGACACGUUCCAGGGCACGAUCUGGUAUAACUUUUUAAGGUGGAAUGUCAGCCAACAUUUCAUGAAUAUGCUGCCACACGACGCUCAUGUAUUAGGAAACCAUGAGUUCGACCACGGCGUAGAAGGUCUGGUACCGUACCUGUCGCGGCUGAACGCUCCAAUGCUUGGCGCCAACGUGAAUACCACCUUCGAGCCCACCAUGACUCCUUACAUCAAGAACCACAUCAUUGUCGAAAGGCGUGGAAGGAGGAUCGGCAUUAUAGGCAUACUAUUGCGCACGUUCUCCGCUCCGAUCGGCAGAGUGAUCAUGGAGGACGAGUUACAAGCUGUGAACAGGGAGGCGGCUAUCUUGACGGAACAAGGCGUGGAUAUAAUCAUUCUACUUUCGCACGUCGGCUACACCAGUGAUGUAUCACUCGCAAGCCGCAUAGCUCCAGAAGUGGACAUUAUAGUGGGAGCGCAUUCCCACUCGCUCCUGUACAACGGAGAGACUCCCAACGGAGACACGCCGAUCGGGGAAUACCCCACUGUUGUCAAUCGCACUGACGGACAUAGGAUAUUAGUGGUGCAGGCGUCAUGCUACACUCGGUACGUAGGCGACAUUAAGUUGUACAUCAACGACCAGGGCAUCGUCGAGCGGUGGGAGGGGUUGCCAGUGUUCCUCGGCUCUUCUAUAGUACCAGAUCCUCAGAUAUUAGCAGAGCUAGAGCCAUGGCGGCAGGAAGUGGACGCGGUGGGCAAGGAGGUGCUGGGCAGGUCCGCGGUGACGCUGAGCCGCUCGGGGUGUUACCGCGGCGAGUGCAGUCUCGGCAGCUGGGCCUGCGACGGAUUCCUUGAGGAGAUGAUGUCGCGCGCCUCUGGCUCGGCGUGGAACGAUGCGCACGUUUGUAUGAUAAACGCCGGAGGGUUGCGGGUUCAAAUCACUCCCGGCGAGGUGACGACAGAAAGCCUCCUGAUGGCGAUGCCGUUCGAAAAUUACGUACAAGUGUACGACUUGAAGGGCGAGCAUCUUCUGGCGGCGCUGGAAUUCUCUGUGGGCGCCACACAAACCAACCCGCAGGAGUUCUACAGCGGACGCAUGCUGCAGAUUGGAGGCAUGCGCAACGUGUACAACGCGAGCGCGCCGGCGGGGGCGCGCGUGUCGGCGGCCGUGCGCUGCGUGCGCUGCGCCGUGCCGCGCUACGAGCCGCUCGACCGCGGCGCCACCUACCGCGUCCUCACGCAGAACUACAUCGGCGACGGCGGCGGCGGCUACACGAUGCUAUCGGAAAACAGGGAGAACCUUGAGAACCUGGAGGUGGACUACGUGAUGCUGCAGCGGUACAUGCGCCGGCAGGGCGUCGUCACCAAGGACCUCGACGGAAGGAUACAAAUCGUAUAUUAAAAAUUAUUUGUAUUAUACAAA